AUGGCCGGGGAUCGGAUGAGCUGGGCGAGGCUGCUCAAAUGGAGCCUCUCCUACAUGGACGGCGCGCGGCCUUCUCGCGACAUCAGGUGGGGCGAAGGGAAAUGGAGGCUUAUCUCUUCUGCUGUUUUCGUUUGGGCUGCGGCUGAGGCAAGGGUGUGGCGUUCUGUGUGCAGUGAGGAGGAGCAGAGGUGGCUGGCGGAGGCGGUGGAGCGGCACAUGGCGGAGGACGUGGUGGGCCGCCUGAGGGAGAUCGCGCUGCUGAUGAGAACCCCGCUCUCCGUCCUGGAGGCGCAGGGCAUCACACCCGAGGACAUCGAAGAUUUACUCGCAGAGCUGCAAGUACAUGUCGAGUCUAUCGACAUAGCAAAUGAUCUGCAUUCUGUUGGUGGCUUGGUUCCAGUUAUUAGGUACCUCAGAAAUACUAAUGCACGCAUCCGAGCCAAAGCAGCUGAUGUGGUAACAACGGUUGUUCAAAACAAUCCGACUAGCCAGCAGCUGGUCAUGGAAGCUAGUGGUUUUGAGCCACUUGUAUCCAAUUUUACAUCAGAUCCUGAUCUCACUGCACGCAUAAAGGCUCUUGGUGCACUAUCCUCCUUGAUUCGGAACAACAAACCAGGAGUUGCUGCAUUUCGUCUAGCCAAUGGAUACGCAGGACUGAGAGACGCUUUAAAUACAGAGAGUGCAAGGUUUCAGAGGAAAGCACUAAGCCUGACUCAUUAUCUACUCAGCGAAAGCCAUUCCGAUUGCUCGGUGUUUGCACAGCUUGGGUUUCCUCGCCUUAUGAUGCGUUUGGUAUCCAGUGAUGACUCUGGUGUUCGAGAAGCAGCAUUAGGAGGCCUGCUUGAGCUUGCAAAGGACACAACACUGGGGAAUAGGAGUUUACUAGCAGAGCAGGACAGGCUACGGCGGCUUCUCUGGGGGCGUAUACAGAGCAUAAGGAUGAUGGCUCCUGAAGAUCUUGAUGCUGCACGAGAGGAAAGGCAACUCGUCGACUCAUUGUGGAUUACAUGUUACCACGAGCCAUCCACACUUCACCGGGAAGGACUUGUCGUUCUGCCUGGAGAGGAAUCUUUUGAACAACCUCCUGAUGUGGCUGGUAGAUUCUUCGAGCCACUGCGCCGAGCUCCAUUGCAGAGGGCACCUCCUAGUCCUGAUGAGAGAUCAGAUCCAGGAAAUGGAACUGUGGGAGGAAUUAUGCUGCUUCUAGGUCCAGCACCAGGUAACUCGGAGUAA